UUGAAUUUGAAUCAGUGCGUUGGAACUCUUCGUCCGUCGCUGUAACUUUUAAACUAGCUGCUAAUUUUCUAGUGAACUAUUUGGUCCAAACUUAAGCCAUGUCUUUUUCAAGAGCUCCAGUGAAACGAUUUAAUGAAAAUAUCGGCUGCGCCCCAGCACCGGGCACAUAUGAGCUGAAACCAGGAGAGGUGAAGGGACCUGCCUCUUUCCACCGGUCAGAGCGCUUCAAACUGCUCAAAGCCAGUGGUGCUCCUUUCAUCCCACCACCAUCUCCUUCUAAAGAUGUUCCUAUGUCACCUGUGGCUGUGCGUAGGACCAUGUCUGUGGAUGGCCUGGUUGAUGGUUCCAUGUCAAAGAAAGACAAGAGCGGCCAAUCGAUGCAGAUGAAACAGCAGAAACUCCUGGAGAAAGAGAUCCGGUCCCUGGUGCAGCAGCGCGGGGAGCAGGACAGGCGCCUGGUAACCCUGGAGGAGGAGCUGAGGAAGGUGGAGGCCAAGCUGUUGUCUGCGGUCAGGGAGAAGACUGGUCUGGCAGCUAACGUCACCACCCUGGAGAUACAGCUGGCUGAGCUUAAGAAGACUAACGAGUUCCUCAAGAACAAGGUUUCUGCAGACACCACUAAGAAGAGGAUCCAGUCUCUGUCUAUGGAGCUGAUGGAGGCCAGAAACAAAUUGGACGUCAAUGACAAGGAGCUGAGUUUCCUCCAGAUCAGUACAGAGGGCCAGGUGAAGUUGCUGGAGACAGACCUGGAGGCAGCCAGAGCGACACUCACCUCCCUGAGGGAGAGGAACAAGGACCUGGAGGACCUCCACCAUGACACCAAAGUCCAGAACGAGGAGCUGGAGAAUGAUAUGGAUACGCUGCACGCUGUGAUCCAGGAGCUGAGAGAGGAGGUCAAUGUUCUUCAGGGUUACCUGGACAAAGCCAACGACCACAUCCAGGAUCUGCGUAUGAAGCUUCAUGGGAAGAUGGAGAUGGUGAACAGCAUCUCUGAGUCUCAGCAGCAGAAACUGGGCCAUCUUGAGCAGAAACUUGAGCAGUGCACCGCGGAGCUCGAAAACUCUCAGAACAUUCUCCGUCAGAAGGAGGAGGAGUCAGAGAAAGGUCAGCAGGACCUGCAGGCUUCCCGUGAUGCUUUGCAGGAGACGGAGAAGCUUCUGGAGCGGCGAGAGGCGGAGCUGAUGUCCUCCCAGAAGGCAUUGGGAGAGAUGGAGGUACAGAUGCAACGGGCCAACCAGGAAGUGUCUGACUCCCAGAUUGCAGUGCGGCAGCAAGAGGCGGAGCUAGUGCGGCUGCAAGAGGUGCUGAGGAGGACAGGGGAGGAGCUGGAUGAGAAAGUAGCUCACCUGGAAGAGAAGUGCAAGGUCCUGGAGGAGGAGAGCGUUAGUAGCCAGGGGAGAGUGGAGGAGCUGAAGGCAGAACUGAGCCUCCUGCGGGAGAACAGGAGGAGUGAGGAGGUGGUGCAGGAGCAGCUGGAGCUGACACACACCUCCCUGGCUGAGGAGCUGAAGCAGGAAAAGGAGCAUGCAGCCUCCCUGGCCUCAGUGCUGGAGAGGGUGAGGGAGGAGACGGAGGAGGAAAGGAAACAGUUGGAGGAUGAGUUGGAGGAGGCUCUAGGAGUGCUGUCGGUUCUGGAGUUGCAGGAUGAGCGGAGAGGGGAGGCCCUACAGGGUCUCCAACAGGAGAAGAGCGAGUUGGAGAGAGAGCUGACUGAGACCAGAGCACUGCUAGACAGGAGGAGCAGUGACGUGCAGGUGGUACACUCUACCAUGAGGAGCCUGCAGGAGGAACACACCAUCUCCCUCAGCAAGAUAGGAGACCUGGCCACUGAACUGGAGAGCUCCAGGCAGGCCCUGAAGGGAGCAGAGGAGAGGGGUAGAGCGCUGGAGGAAGAGGUGGAGAGGGUGACGAAGCAGAUGAAAGAAGAGGUGGAGAGAGUGAAUCAGCGUAAAGAGGUGGAGGUGAAGAAAGUGAGGGAGGAGAUGGAGGGGGAGCAGGAGAAACAUCUAGCUGACCAGCAGGCUCAGGAGAAAGCAAGAGCGGAGUAUGCAAGAAUGCUGUUGGCGGCACAGACUCGUCUAGCUCAGAGAGAUGAGGAGAUGAAGAGGGCUGAGGAGGAGGUGCAGAGACAGCUGCAGGAGGAGAGGAUGGAGAAAGAGGAGGUUCAAAGGCUACUGGAGCAGGAGAAAGGAGAGAGGGAGGUGCAGAGGAGAGACUUGAAGCAAUGGAUGUCAGAGGAGGUGGGGAGGCUAGAGAGACAGGUGGAGGUGUUAGAGGAGGAGAAGCUAGCUCUUCAGUGCUUGGUAGGAGAGGUGGAAAAGGAGAAACUGAGCCUUCACAACCAGUUGGAGAAUAUGGAGGAUCAGGUAAAGAAAGAUCUGCCCUGUCUAGAGAACCACAUGGAGGUAGAGAAAGAGAGGGAUGAACUGAAAACGGUAGUGGAGAUGUUUGAAAUAGACAAACGGGGCCUUCAGGACCAGGUAGAACUAAUACACAACCGACUGAUGAAGGCAGAAGAACAGAGAGCUGGUCUCCAGAGCCAGGUAGAACUGAUGGAAGAGAAGGUUUCUCUCCAGAGCCAGGUGCACCCAGUUGUCCAGGAGAAGGUGACUCUCCAGAGCCAGGUGGAUGUGGUGGUCAAGGAGGUGGUUUCUCUCCAGAGCCAGGUGCACCCGGUGGUCAAGGAGGUGGUUUCUCUCCAGAGCCAGGUGCACCCAGUUGUCCAGGAGAAGGUGACUCUCCAGUGGGAGAUAGAUGAACAGAGAAGAGACUUCCAGAGACAGCUGGUGGCAACUCGGGACAAGAGUGAUGCAGAGACAGAACACUGGAGGAGACAGUACGAGGAGCUCUACACUAAGGUCAAGCCCUUCCAGGAGCAGCUGAAUGGGUUUGCUGCAGAACGGGACGCGCUACUGAAUGAGAAUGGGGCAAACCAGGAGGAGCUGACCCGGCUCGCGGACGCCUACGCUCGUCUGCUGGGUCACCAGAACCAGAAACAGAAGAUCAGACACGUGGUGAAGCUCAAAGAUGAGAACGUCUCCCUCAAACAGGAGCUGUCUAAGCUGCGUGCCCAGGUGUCUCGUCAGAAGGGAGGCCAGCCCCAACGCAGGGUUGACCCCAUUAAAGCCUUGAACCACCUGGACAGCAAGGAGAACGAGCAGCCUGCUGCCGCACCUCUCAGACAGGGAAACCGCUGUUGAAAGUUAAACAAUGGACAGACCCUCAUAGGAAGCACCAACUGUCCUGGGUGAACCGGACGCCUCCUGUUGAGUCAAGAGGAUGUCAUGGUCUUGCGUAAUAUUUAAUUGUCAUUUGAUACCAAAUGCUCUGAAAAGCUACUUGCUGAAUCUACAAGGGGGGUGUUUGUUUCUGCUAAAACAUAUACAGGAUUACAAAGGCCUUUCCUUCCAUCCUAUAGAGCAAUUCUGUCAGUAUCGGCAUGAAACAUGUCGUCAUUCUUUUGCUACAGCAUUCAUAUUAAGCACAAAAUGUUUUGUUUUGUUCAACAUAACAUACAGUUGUGUAUAAUGCAAAUACACUGUACAUGUUUAGCUGUAUUAAUGUACAUUUUGUUUGAUUAGACAUGAUUUCCAGAAGAUGGGAAUGUAACUUCUCUCUUUUCACUGGUUUACCUUUUUACUUCCUUCCAACAGUCUGACUCUUGUAAAUAAAGCCCCACAUGUUCUCUCUUCCUUCACACUGAGAGAAGCGGAUGAUUUGUUCUAAAUAAAUGUAGGGAGUGUG